CCCCUUGGCGCGGAAAUGGAGAAGAAGCCCCAAACGGCCAAACCGCAUCGCAAACCCUGAUCAACCGCCGCCGUCGUCUUUCUCCAACCCCAAUUUUCCGAUUCCAAUGGCGUGGCGCCGCUUCCUCGUCUGCAACUUCAAGCUCCCCAACGCGGCCAAAACCCUAGCUUCCCCACCCGUCCUCCAAAACACCAACCUUUUCUUCCCUCUUUCCUCUCCCACCGCAGCCCACUUCUCCACCUCAUUCCUCGUCACCAAAACCCCCAAAAAGUUCAAGCAGAAGCGCAAGAAGCCCGAUUCCCCUCGCACCAAGCUCGCCAAGCAGCAUCCUUCCACCAGAAACCACCACCUCGAAUCCUUCGUCGACCGCGAUUACCACUUCCGCUUCCUCACCAGAUCCAAGCAGUUCCUCUCCCAGCAGCCGGACCACGUCCUCCGCCUCGACGACGCCGGCAAGCUCUACCGCGAGCUCGGCUUCCCUCGCGGCCGGAAAAUCGCUCGCUACCUCGACCGUCAUCCGUCGCUCUUCCAGACCUACCGCCACACGGACAACAAGCUGUGGCUAGGGUUCACGGAUUUCAUGGAGGACUUGCUCGACGAGGAGCGGUCGAUUAUGGAUUCCAUGGAGAUCGACAGGGUGAACAAGGUCACGAAGCUGUUGAUGAUGUCAAAGGACAAGCGGAUUCCAUUGAGUAAGAUCCAUCAUUGUAGAUUAUUGUUUGGAUUUCCUGACGAUUUUCGAGAUAGAGUGGUAAAGUAUCCGGAUCGAUUUAGGGUUGUGGUUGGGAGUGAUGGGAAUCGAGCGCUGGAAUUGGUGAAUUGGGAUGAGAGCUUGGCGGUGAGCGAGUUGGAGAGGCAGUUUAUGGUAGAUGAGGAGAAAGCCAAGAGAGCGUUUAAGUUUCCUGUAAAAUAUGCUAAAGAUUUGGACUUGGAUGAGGGAGAUGCUAGGACGUUGAAUCUCUUGAACACAUUGCCCUUGGUUUCGCCAUACAGCGGCGAUGGCCAUGAGUUGGAUCUCUGGAGCUUGGAGGCCGAGAAAUACAGGGUUGGAGUUGUGCACGAGUUUCUCAGCCUGACUUUGGAGAAGCGAGCUUCCAUUCAUCACAUUGUGGAGUUCAAGGAUGAGUUCUGCUUGACGAAGCAUACGUAUGCCAUGCUGAAGAAACAGCCCAGGACAUUCUACCUUGCUGGGACUGAGAUGAACUGGGCUGUGUUUCUGAAAGAUGCUUAUGACGAGAAAGGAAAUCUCAUUGAUAAGGAUCCACAAGUUCUUUUCAAUGAGAAAUUGUGUCGGUAUGCUGAAAUGAAGAAAGGGGAGUUGUAAGCUUUGAUGAUGUAUAGUUGAAAGACUGACUCUGUUCGUGCACUGUCUCCACUGAUGUAAUAUGAGCUCGGUUUGAUGGGGAAGUGGAAGAGUAUUUGAGUCCACUUCUUCAGGGUCGCUGCAGUGGAUCAUGUCAAAUUCAGUCAGUUGAACAUAUCGAACAUUACAGUAUGUGGGAGUCGCUAGGGGUGAGCGCGCAUUUCACAUCCUCCGAGAAAUGAGGUACAGAGAUUGAAGAGCUGAAACUCAAUUAGGUGUCCCUUCUCUAGUUACUUCUUAUGUUUUUUUUGCCUUCAAUCAAGGAUAAGUAUAAGCAAAAAUAAAUCAGAAUGAACUAAUGCAUGAUCAGAAAAUGUCAUUGUAUGUACCCUUGACAUGAAUUUUGAAGAUUUUAUGUAUUUUGUUGGUGAGAUUUGUAAGAUUUUCAUGUAAUGUUAUAAUUCCAUUAUGUGAUACAAUGC